UCACCCGAGCGAGCAACACACCUGUGAUCCGGACAGCCUCUACCAGCAACAACAUGAGCGAAUCAGCGGAGGAGGUGGCCGCCAGCCUCAAAAGCCGAAGAAAUGUCACCAUUGAGAUCACAAACCUCACCAAUAGCUACUGCCUAAUUGAACCCAGAGUUUUCCUGGAAAGUGGCUGCUGCGUGAGCCCGCCCCAGCCCACCGUGCGCCCGCUGAAAACCGAGGUGUGCAACUUCAGCAAGACCGGCGUCAAAGCCACCGGGGCUGUGGGGGUCCUGACCUACGACCUGUUUGAGAGGAACAGCAACAGCGCCAAAGAGAAAAUAGCCAUAAUGUUCUCCGUGCCCUACGACUACAACAUGUACAAGAACUGGAUGGCCUUGGGAAUCUACAACGUCGACAAAGAGUGCAACGAGGCUCUGUAUAAAGAGAUGUAUUACAGCAAAGAGCAGACAGGCUUCGUGAGGCAGGAGGCCCGGGGCUCGGGCCUCACGUUUGAGGGCAAGACCUUGGACAUCAAGGCGACCAUGUCCCCGAUGGGCAAGGCCAUGUUGAAGUUAGAGGUGUGGGACAAACUCUUCACCCCAAUGAUGCAACAGCAAUCGUACUAAGCCAGGGAUUCAUUUCUUGACUAAAUAAUCCAGUUGAAGUGUCUAGCUUUUUGUGCACUUGUGCUACUGUACCAUCCAUCAUCAUGCAAUAA